CUGCAGAAACACACCGGGGCUCGCGGCGCUGCACCGACUGACGGACGGAGCUGCAGCUGGCUGCAGGACACCGACCCUCCCCCGCCGCCGCUCCCCGCCUCUCCGCCGCUGAUCCUGGAUCGAUUGGUCCUGCCGAUGUCCGCCGCGGCGGGUCGGAACCGGCGCGUGGCCUGCGGCCAAUGAUGACGUCAGCGGUCCCGAGCCUCCUCCCCGCGUGAGCCCAUCCAUCAUCGAUCAGGUAAUCGGUUUAACCUAAAGUCAGGAUGACGUCACUGGUCAGUGGUUGGCUCAGGUGUGCUGUUAUGUCUGACCCCUGAGCACUGAUCUGAAAAGGAGCCUGAUCACAUCAGAUCAGGUUCCACAGCUCACCUGGACCACAGGUGUUCCAGGAUGCUGCCGGCCUCCAUCCAGAUCACAGGUGAGCUGCUGUCUGCGGCAGAGGUCCAGGACAUCUGUGAGAGCCUGAAGGAGGACAGCGUCCGGCUGCUGUCCGUCCGCGGCUGCCAGCUGUCCGACCGGGACUUCAGCCGUAUCUGUCGCAGCGUGGCAGAGUCUCGCUCGCUUGCCCAGCUCAACCUUAACCUGGGUGUGGUCUCCGGAAUCAGCCGCACGCGACACCUGGCGGACGCCCUGAAGGCCAACCGCUCCCUGCAGACCCUGUUCCUCCAUGGCAGUCCCCUUAUGGACGCGGGUCUGGUGACCCUGAACGCCGCGCUGACCACCCAUCCGACGCUGGUCUGCCUGGACCUGGGAGACUGCAUGCUGGGAGAUGAGGCUCUAGGCCUGAUCUGUGGGAUGCUACCGCCAGAUGGAGCCAAGUCAGGUCUGAGGGAGCUCACUCUGAGUGCUAACCCAGGAAUCAGCUCCAAAGGCUGGGCUCGGCUCUCCAUCGCCGUGGCCCACAGCUCACAGCUCCGAGUGCUCAACCUGGACUACAACCCACUCGGUGAUCAGAUUGCAGGGAUGCUAGCAGUUGCUGUUGCGUCCAGCAGGACUUUGGAGGUGUUGGACCUGGAAGGAACCGGAUUGACGAAUCAGUCUGCACAGGUGUUCCUGGACAUGGUCGAGAACUACCCCACCAGCCUGAAGGUCCUGGUUUUGACGGAGAAUGAUGUUACUCCGGAGCUGCAGCAACAGAUCUGUGACCUGCUGUCUGAGGGGGAGGAGGACGAAGAUCGGGAGGCCCCUCCCCUCAUGCUCCCAGGCCCCGCCUCGAGCAGCGCGCUGCAGCCAAUCAGAGACAAGUACCAACCAAUCAGAGACAAGUACCAACCAAUCAGAGACAAGUACCAGCCCCUCACCUGGCUUCCCCACAGCAACCCCGCCCCCCAGAUGGUGCUGCUGACGUCAGGUGUAGGUGAGAGCUUAUUGGAUGAGACUGAGAUGUGACCCCUUCCCCUCACACACGCACUGACGUCACGUUUUCACUGUUCACCUGCAUGGUCCACCCCACACAGGUGUGUGCGCCUGAUGAAUGUAGCUACGGCACUGCUGAUUGGUUCUGCUGCUCUGAUGUCACAAUAAAACUGUUUACAGCUUCCUAUGAA